GGGCGGAAGUGCGUUCAGAGGCCUUAGUAAGGGCGGAAAGAGAUGUUCUAGCGGAAGCGGCUGUGGUUAGGACCAAAAGUAGAGUGCCGGUCCUGAGGUUGGUCGUGUCCUGCCGGGCUGCACCACUUCGGUUGCAGUCAUGGAACUCAGUGCCAGUUCCCUGCGGGAUAAGUUGCAGCGGGACCUGGAGGCGGACCACGUGGAGGUGGAGGACACGACUCCGAACCGUUGUGCGACGAGCUUCCGAGUCCUCGUGGUGUCGACUAAAUUCGAGGGGAAGCCGCUGCUUCAGAGACAUCGGCUGGUGAACGAAUGUCUAGCAGAAGAACUCCCGCACAUCCAUGCCUUUGAGCAGAAAACCCUGACCCCAGAACAGUGGACCCGUGAGCGUCAGAAAUGAGGGAUGAAGGCCUGCACAGCCAUUAAAUUAUGUAUUAGGGCCGGCUCUUGUGUCGUGUGUUGUGUGUGAGAGUCACCCUGAGGCUGACUGUAGGGCUUGGCUUCUCGGUUUUGUCUCUGCCCUUUGUUUUACCUUGAACAAGCUGCUUACCCCUAUCUGGGGCAUGUGCCCUCCCUUAUAUGAAAGUUUUGUCCUUAACUCCUUUCCAAGCGUGCCUAUUAAACCUCUUUACAUACCC